AAAAUGAAAUUGUUAUUAAUAUGUUCAGGAAAAAAUCUGUUUAAUAAACCGUUGAAAUGUGCACUUAUCAAUCUGUAUUUGCUAAGGUUUGGCGAAAAAUGUAUUGCAGAUUAAAGAGACAAUAUAUAUAUAUAUAUAUAUAAACAAAACAAACGGAAGCGAACUGGCUCUGACAGAAUAGUCUUAAGCCCAGUAUUACAUUCCUGAGACAUAUUAACCCUUUCAAUGUCACGUCAGCCUGGUAAGCAUGUUUUGAACAUCUGUCUUACAGCUUAGGCUAGAUUAUAGUGGCAGCAAAGUGGUUGAGUGUCGAUAGCUGAUAUAUUUAACUGGUUCCAAACCUCGAUAUCUGUUCGAGCAUCGAUACUCCGCCCCUCAUUUUCACCUCUAUCUCAACUUAUCCGAAGACAACACGAUUUCAUGUAAUGAAGAACACUGCCAUGCAGUAGUAACCGCCGUCACUACUGAGAAAUAUCGACUGGAAAGGGUUAAAGCACGUGAAUUGCUGAUUAUAUUGAUGAAGUGAAACUGGAGAACUGUUAAUAUGACAAGCCUUGUGCAAAACAAAUCCAACCUUCAACAUUUGUAGUCUUCGUGCUACGCUGAAAAAAUUUCAUUAACAACUUGUUUUUAAAAUCUGAAUCAAAAUGUAGUUUAGUUACGCAAAUUUUUAUUUAUCAAUUCAAAGAUGUGUUACUGUUUUUUCCUAACCACCUGCUGUUGCAGUGUUUAAAAUAACUAUUAUUGAUUUUUCUCUUUUUAAUGCUAAAACUAUGAGAUUCUUUACGUUUAACAAUCUACAAUAACACAUCUGUGAACAGAACGACAGUUUUCUUUUCAACAUAACAUUUAUAUGUUUUUAAUGACAAUAUGUGGCAAAUACCACAGAGUAAGUUCCUAGCAAAUAGAGUCUGCAACAUGGUUUUCAUUCUCGUUAGUAACAAUUUCACUUGAUCUUCCAUCGCUAAAGUAUUUGAGGCAUGAACGUCACACAACUUCUUUCUCUCCUCCAUGAAUCCGAAGUCCUGUGCAAUGACAACACACAUUAUGCGACUCUACAAAGUUGGACUUAAGUUUUUUUAUCUAUGUCGCGAUAGAAGGGACUGAUUUCGAUGAAAUAUAUAUUUAUAAUACAUCGACGGAAAUGAAGGAUAAACAGUGACAGUCUGGAGGACAUCAAGGAACUGUUGAGUCGAUAUCUUAAGCUCCAUUUAUUUUAAUGGAAGGAAAAGAAAGAAUAACACCAACAUAUCCGUCAAAAAACAACAAACAAAAAAACAUCUUCGUUGAUGUCGAUACAGUGAACUUGUAACUUAAUUCUUUAAUCAUAACUAACGAAAAUGAAACUUAUUUAAUUUCCUCUUUCCAGUAUUUAUAUCACGGACACAGAACUAUAUCCCAUAACAAUUAAAUUUAGAUUGUAAUGCAUUUUCGGACACGAAGUGUUUGUUUAAAUACAUUUUGUAAACAAUCGAAGCUCAAAGGAUUCUCGCGGUGGAAUGAAUGAAAGAAAAAAAAAAAGUAUUAUGUAUUAAUAUAUAUGUCUAUACAGAUGUAUAACUGUGACAAUCAGGAAUCUAUCGAAAGUUUUAAACGUCACCUGUAAUAGUAAUGAAUUUGAAACGAUUAAUAAGUGAAGAAUUAAAAAAAAUUCAGAAGAUAGCUGAAUACGACAGGUCCUUGUUGCAUGUGGAGAGUAUCUUAACUCUUCCUUUCUCUUUGAUGGCAGAAUAUAUUUUUGAAAAAUAUAUAUAUACUUAAAUACUUAUUAAUAUAUUACCUCAUUUUAAUCAGUUUCUAUGUUUUUUUUAAAAAAAGAGAAAAUUCGUGAAGAAUACGAUAAAUUACAACAAAAUGAAAUUUCUCUUCGCUGAGAAGAUUGUUUAUACAAGUCAAAUUUUCCUUGAAACUUUUACCCUGAAACCAGAGAUGUUUAUAGCACACAUUAGAAUAUAAUGAAUAAAUAAGGAGAAUAUAUUAAACUUUAGUACGAAAAUAAAUCUAAAAUAAAGAAUGCUGGCAUUCAGCAAUGCAGUAAGAUUGUUACAGUAGGAAUAUAGGCUAGCCGAGCUGAUAUUCUAUUGUAGACUUGUUUCGAGGCUACGCACGCCGGGUCGAGUAUUCUGAAGAUGGCGGGUGUUUUGUUUGAAGAUAUUUUCGACGUAAAGGAUCUUGAUCCCGAUGGCAAGAAAUUCGACAGAGUCAGUCGCUUAUUCUGUGAAUCUGAAUCUUUCAAGAUGUAUCUUAUCUUGGAUGUCAAUACACAGACGUAUCCAGUGGAACUUGGUGACAAGUUUCGGAUGGUGAUAGCUACAACUUUACGUGAAGAUGGCUAUCCUGAUGAUGGGGAAUAUUCCCCUGUUGAUAGUGGCCCAACCCGAGCAGACAGCUUUGAAUAUGUUAUGUAUGGAAAGGUUUAUAAAUUGGAAGGCGAUGACAGCGGUGCUGACUCUGGAAGACUGAUUAACCUAUCUCAUCAUGUAUUUAAGGAAGAGUAAUAGAAGACAGGUUCAUCCAACAAGCCUAUGGAACUUUAAGUUAUCUGGAGUGGAGUCAAACUGUUAUUUAAUAGAAUAUGUAGCUAUUACCAAAUGUAUUGAGUGCCACUUUCUUUUGUUUGUCCACUUGUAUUACACAAACCUACAUACAUACACAUACAACGUUUACUUGUAUGCAAACAAACUGAAAGAAACCUUUCCUUUAUCUUUUUUUAAUUAAAUUAUAUUAUAUUUUUAUUCUCAUUUUUAUGCAUGAAUAUAUAUAUACACCUUUUAUAUCAGCCUCACUUUAGUGUAUAUCCAUAAAAGAAAAUUUUAAGAAAUAUUUUGAACAAACACCAAACAAUCUCUACCUCCACAAAACAGGAAGUUUCAUAUCCCUACAGACUAAUCAAAUUGCUUAUGGAAUAAUGAACACCUAGGGAGAAUUUGUGAACAUCAAAGUACAAGAGAUACAACUUUCUAUAUCAAGACAUGCAUAAUUCUUGCAAUGUUCAAAUCCCACAAAAGUCAGCUUUGCCUGUCAUCCUUUCAGGGUUGAUGAAAUGAAGUACCAGUCAACUGCUGGGGUUGACUAUAGGUUUAUCCCAAAUUUUCUGCCUUGUGACUAUUAUAAAAAAAUCAUCAAUUUUU